AGAUUUGUUCUUUUUUAGCGGUUUAUUAAAAAGAACUGAUUAAAAGUCGUAGGAUAAGAGCGAGAUAAAUUUUCGAAGUUUAUCUUAAAACGAGAAAUGUGUUAAUUUAAAGACAAACAGUUCACAAGGUCGCAUGGUCGUCAUAGCGAUCUAAAAAUUUAAAUCGGAAAGUCGAAUUUUCUGUAGUGACAUUUCGGGCUAGACUUUCGAAGGAUUAAUCAAAAUUUGCGAUCGAAAUUCAAAAAGAAAAAGAACGUUUUGGAAAAAUGUUAAACGCGACACUGUGCUGAAUUUGUGAUAUAAAAUUAACACAAUUGUUCCCUACAUUCUCUGAUAAGAAUAUAGCAUUGUUUAGAAAAUAAGAAAAACCUAAAUUUUUCGAUUCCAAGAUGAUGGUCAAUGAGUGCGCGUGCGUAAAGCAGAAAAUAAACUUAGACGAACCCAGGUACGACCAGGAGACAUAUGUAGGACGAGCCAAACAUUUUUUUCUCACCACCAAUCCAUUGAAUAUAUUUGCUAGUAGUCGCCAGUUGGAAGCGGCAAAAUGUUUGGUCCAACAGUACAAAUGUCAACAGAAAUUACCACCAAAUGUCACUGAGGAUGACCUAUGGAGGGCGAAACAACUGUACGACUCAGCUUAUCACCCAGAUACUGGCGAGAAAAUGAUGCUGAUUGGUCGCAUGUCAGCACAGGUACCAAUGAAUAUGUUGAUCAGUGGCGGUAUGCUCACGUUCUACAAAACUGCUCCCGCGGUAAUAUUCUGGCAAUGGCUGAAUCAGUCCUUCAAUGCCCUAGUGAACUAUACGAACCGGAGUGGAGAUGUAAAACAAACAGACAAGCAGAUUCUAACUUCGUACGUCUUCGCAACUACGGGAGCAGUUGGUACUGCUUUGGGACUCAACAGUUUAGUCAAAAAGAUGCCCCCGCUCGUCGGCAGGUUGGUGCCCUUCGUAGCCGUGGCAGCAGCCAAUUGCAUCAACAUCCCCAUGAUGAGAGCCCAAGAACUACAACAUGGCACACCUGUUUACGACAUCAACGGUAACAAGCUAGGUUAUUCCAAGAUAGCAGCACAAUACGGUAUAGGUCAAGUUAUACUGAGCAGAGUAUGCAUGGCCUUACCAGGAUUGGUUCUGACACCUGUGGUAAUGGACUACCUGGAAAAGCGCGGGACACUCUGUAGGUAUCCAUGGCUGGCGCUUCCGGCUUCAAUAGGUAUUUUGGGAUUGUGCCUGACGUUCGCGACACCUAUGGCAUGUGCUUUCUUCAAACAGAAAGCCAGCCUACCUUUUUCUCACUUGGAAUCGGAUCUGCAGGCAGACGCAAAGAAGAAAUACGACUUAGAACUGAGAGACAAGGUCUUUUACAACAAGGGUCUCUAAAUUUUAAAUAUCAUAUACAUUCGACAUUUUGCAUAUACUCAGGGUUUUUAGAAAUCAUUCCAAAUUGUCAGUUAGUCAGGGUUUUGUUUUUUGUACUUUCUUUAAACAUGUUUCGAGAAAAAUAAAGGUUAUAAAUGUAUAAGCGAAG